AUGGAUCCCCCCUCCCACCCCUAUUACCCCCUUACCACCCCAAUCCCGUCCUACGUUGCCAACGAAUCCUCCGUGCUUCGACUUCUCACCACUUUCGGCCUCAUGGUCUGCGUGGUUGUCGGCCUGGCGUAUUGGCCGACCAGGCGGAGCCAAUUGCAAUUACGGGCUCUGGAUAAGUUUGCUGUCAUGUGGUUCGCCCUUUGUGGCUUUCUGCACGUCGGCUUUGAAGGCUACUAUCUGCUUCAUCGAACCAAUAUUCCUGGUCUGCAGACCAUAUUUGGCCAGCUUUGGAAAGAGUACGCCUUGUCCGACUCGCGGUAUCUCACAGCUGACGUGUUUACGGUCUGCGUCGAGACCAUUACUGUUUUCGCAUGGGGUCCGCUCAGUUGGACCACCUAUUUCGCCAUCUUGACCAACUCACCUUAUCGCCACAUCAACCAAGUCAUAGUGUCGACAGCACAUCUGUAUGGCGUGGCUCUCUACUAUGGUACCAACUGGGGCGACCUGCACUCGUUGGGCGUUUCGUACAGCCGCCCCGAGUUUCAGUAUUACUGGGUGUACUACGUUGGUCUCAACGCCCCAUGGGCAGUGAUUCCCUUUGUCUUCCUUUACGACAGCUACCGCCAGACAGCAAAGGCUUUUCGUCUUCUGCAAACGAAAGAGUCGGAUCGCAAGGCCCGGUAA